CUUCCUCGAAGACGCCGUGAUGGUGUACUGAGCAGCCAGCCGCCCUAGAUUGACAUCUUGGGCAGAGCAGGAGCUGAAGGGCUCCCAAAGCUCAAGUCACCAAGGCUGAGAUCAUCUGUAAAUAUGAAGAUUAAACCAUCUGACAACGUUGUCAUUGGUAUUUGAUGAUAUCGAGAUUCGUCUCAAUGUCUUUUUCUACUCAGCAUUAUUUUUCGUUUUUUUCUGAGGAGCAUAAUAUCCAUUGCCGAGAUGGAUUUUUUUCCUGGAACUUACAAGUUCAUUCUCCUGAUGGCUUUUGCCGUAUGUCAGUCUGGCGCACAGGAAAAGAAUUACACCAUACUAGAAGAGCUACCUGAAAGUGUUCUGGUGGGUGAUAUAGUGAGAGAUCUCAAUCUGACGUUUCCAACAGAGAAAAAGCUCUCGACUCCCCUGCGGUUUAAGUUAGUGUACAAGAGUGGGGAUCUGCCAUUAGUGAGGGUAGAGGAGACAACCGGUGAGAUCUAUACCACCGGUGUACGCAUAGACCGUGAAAAAUUAUGCUCUGGUGCCUUUGCCCAGACUCACUGUAUUUAUGAAAUUGAAGUAGCUAUUUUGCCAGAUGAAAUCUUUAAAUUGGUCAAGAUCCGCUUUCUGAUCGAAGAUGUCAACGAUAAUUCGCCACUCUUCCCGGCAACGGUCAUCAACAUUUCGAUUCCUGAGAACACUGCUAUCAAUUCCCGAUUUCCGAUACCUUCAGCUAUUGAUCCUGAUAUUGGCCUUAAUGGAAUUCAACAGUACCAUCUGCUUAAGGGUUUAGGUAUAUUUGGGCUUGAUGUCAUUGAAACACCUGAGGGAGAAAAAUGGCCUCAACUAAUUGUCCAAAAGAUGCUGGAUCGCGAGGAGAAAGACACAUAUGUGAUGAAAUUGAAAGUUGAAGAUGGUGGGUCACCUCCUAGGUCCAGCACGGCCAUUUUGCAAGUUUCUGUGAUUGACAUGAAUGACAACCAUCCCGUCUUUGUAGAGAGCGAUGCUGAAGUUACCAUCCCUGAAGAUGCUCCUGUGGGCUCUUCAGUCUAUCAGCUCCAUGCCACUGAUAAUGAUGUGGGUGCAAAUGCAGAGAUCCAGUACUUUUUCAGCAAUCUAAUCAACCACCUUGCUAAGAAGCUUUUCAGUCUCAAUAAUACCACUGGCCUCAUUACCGUCAGGGAGCCCUUGGAUAGGGAAGAGGCACCUAUUCACAAGCUUAUGGUUAUAGCAACUGAUGGAGGUCCAUUGCCUGCUAGGGCCAUGGUGAUAGUGAAUGUCACAGAUGUCAACGACAAUGUCCCGAUAAUUGACGUCAGAUACAUCAUCGAUACAGUCAACGGGACUGUGUUCUUGUCAGAAAAUGCUGGGCUCAAUACCAAAAUUGCUCUCAUUACACCAUUAGACAAAGAUGCUGGCCGUAAUGGGAAAGUGACAUGUUUCACAGAAAAUGACGUUCCUUUCAGAUUAAGACCAGUUUUUGAGAAUCAGUACCUGAUGGAGACUUCCUCUUUCCUAGACUAUGAGACUACAAAAGAAUAUGAAGUAAAAUUGUUGGCUUCAGAUGCUGGCAAACCACCUUUGAAUUACACUACUUCUGUUUUCAUUAAAGUCAAAGAUGAAAAUGAUAAUGCACCCAUCUUCAGAAAGUCCAGCGUAGGGAUUUCUGUCCUAGAGAAUAAUGAUCCUGGGGCUCAGCUGACAAAACUCAGUGCAACAGAUGCAGACAGUGGAAAGAAUGGAGAGAUCACUUACCUGAUAGCUGGUGAACCCCCCUCUGCUUUCAGACUGGAUAAUCGUACAGGCAUUCUGUCAGCAGUGGAACAACUAGAUAGAGAAAAGAAAGACAAAUACACCUUCACAGUCACUGCAAGGGACAACGGGCAACCUCACCUGCAGUCCAACGCUACAGUGACUGUAACAGUCCUUGAUCAGAAUGACAACAGCCCUACCUUCACCCACAGUGAGUACAACUUCUACGUCCCAGAAAACCUACCCAAGCAUGGCACGGUGGGACUCAUCACUGUAACUGAUGCUGAUGCUGGAGAGAAUGGAAUGAUCACUCUCACCAUUCUAAAUACCAAUGGCAGUUUCCUCAUUGAUCCAAUACGUGGAGUCAUCCGACCCAAUGUCUCUUUCAAUAGAGAGAAACAAGACUCUUACUCUUUCGUAAUAAUGGCCACAGAUGGAGGCAAGGUGCCCCGCUCUUCAUCUGCCACAGUGACCAUCAAUGUGGUUGAUAUUGAUAACAACAAACCAGUUGCCCCCGCCUCUCCUAUUAACUACACGUUUCAGUUUAUUCCACUAGCUACUGAAAUUGGCACACUUCUGUACGUAGUGAUGGCUAUUGAUGAGGGCAAUGGUGCGAAUUCCGAAACCCGUUACCAAAUGGAAGGUGGAAAAAGAAAGAAAUUAUUUCAUGUGGAAGGACCAGCAGGGAACAUAACUCUGAAAUCAAGAUUUAUUCCUACAGACCAAAGCUUACAUAAGCUGUUGAUCAAAGCUAGGGACUUAGGACACCCUGACUCUCUGAAUGGCAAAAUACUACUGAAUCUAUUUGUGAAUGAUUCUCUGUACAAUUCUUCUUUCGUUGAUGAGCUACUGCGCAGAGCUCGAGGUCGAGGUAGAGGGAAAUCAGUGACCCACAAUGUUCCAAAGAGUGAUGUUGCGGACCCAUCAACUGGCGACUACGUCAAGUACAUCAUUGCCAUCAUUUCUGGUUCCAUGACGGCUGUCCUGACCAUUGUUAUCGCCGCUCUUUUACGUUGCCGCCGUAUUCCACGCCUCGCAGCUGGAAGAAAGCAGAAUUCAGAAUGGGUCACUCCAAAUCCAAACAACGGUGAGACGAUAACAAUUAGCACAAAUGACAAUAGCGGCACUAAUAGUGUCAUCGUUAACCUUGUCACCUUUGCCGAAUCUAGGACUGAUGAUCUAGAUAAGGAAGAGGAGGCCACUACCUCCUUGGAUGUUGUCAUUAAUAUCGAAGAUGAUGCCAUGGAGAGGUACAACCGAGGAACCCAUUCUUCUACUUUUAAGCCUGAUGGUCCUGAUUUGGCCCAACACUACAAAGCGACAUCUCCUCAGCCAGCCUUCCGUAUUGAGCCUGAGACUCCUGUGCAUUCGAAGCAUCAUGGCAUCCAGGAGCUGCCCGCGGACAAUACUUUUGUGAUGGGCUGUGACUCUCUUUCCAAAUGUUCCUCCAGCAGCUCAGAUCCAUACAGCAUUUCUGACUGUAGCUGUCAAGGAACCAUUAAGACUACAGCCACCAUUCACCCCCGACAGGCUGUAAUCGAGCUCGGGCUAACUGACCCUGCUUUAAAGGAUCCAAAUGUCAUUGCUAUCCGGACUCACCCUCUGCAUUUGAUGCCAUCUGCUAGACCACAUACUCCACUGAGAGAGCCAGCUGUUCAGGAGACUGCUGUGGAUAUCUGGACUUCUGCUCAGAAGAAACCAGAACCGAAAAAACCAGGAAAGGCUCAGCGCCGUGUCACAUUCCACCUUCCAGAAAGCUCUCAGGAGAGUGGCAAUGACAACGUACCUAUCGAGACAGAAGCCGGUGCCACUGCUAUUGCCGUGCCUGGCUAUGCCCGGAGAGACUAUUUAACUACCCACAGCAACCGUACUGAAGCAGAUGGCAACUCUGACCCCGAAACUG